AUGAGUCAUAUGGUGACGCGCAAGGGGCCUGUAGGGGACGAUAAGGACAAGCGACAGACAGACAGUCCUGUUAAAGAGAUGAAGAAGAAAAUAGCUGCGAACGCAGAGAAGGAGAAGCUUGCGGCGGAAAAGCACGACAAAGCGACGGACAAAAGCGAGAAGGCAGUUGAAAAAUCUGGUGACAAAAAAGAUAAAAGUGCAGAGAAGCACGCAGAAAAAGGUACUGAAAAGAAAGACAAAAGCGCAGAGAAACAGGGAGAGAAGCCGUUAGAGAAAAAAGAUAAGAACGCGGAGAAAAACGCCGAGAAAAACGUGGAGAAGCCAGUAGAGAAGAAAGAUAAAAGUGUAGACAAAAGUUUAGAAAAAUCAACAGAGAAGAAAGAUAAGAGUGUAGACAAAAGCUUAGAAAAAUCAACAGAGAAGAAAGAUAAAAGUGUGGACAAAAGUUUAGAAAAACCAACAGAUAAGAAAGAUAAACCGAGCGAAAAGGUUUCUGAUAAAAAGGAAAAAGCCGAUAAGAAGGAAGUUCCCGAUAAGACGAAAGAGGAUGUCAAGGCUGCGGAGAAGAGUGGAAAGGCGGACAAGCCGGAGAAGGCCAAGCUGAACGGCGCGGCGGCCAACGGCGCGGCCAGCUCGUCGGACGACGACGAGCUGGUGAUCGUGGAGCAGCCCGAGGACAACGACGAGAUGUUCCCCGAGCUGGCCUACGACGACAACUCGGACGCGGACGGCUCCGAGGGCGGGGACGCGGCCGCCAGGAGCCUCACCAGGCGCUCGCAGGUGAAGGCGACCCGCACGCCGGAGACGCCGCGCCCCGUCUCCGCCGCGCCCCACCAGCGCGACACCGACCACCAGUCGAAGGAGCCGAAGCUGCUGAGACUGAAGGAGGAAUCCGACCGGUGGCUCCGCUCGUCCGACUCGCCGAAGCCCCCGUCGGAGGGCGAAGCGCCCGCCGCGGCCCCGGAGGCGCCGGGGGGCGGAGCGCCCGAGCGCCAGCACGCCCUCCGCGCCCCGGAGCUGCUCGUCGAGGUGGAGCGCCUCGAAGAGGGCGAGGCGCGGCGCGACACUCGGUUCUCUCGCUCCCGCGUCAAGGUCUCGCCCUACCGGCGCAGCGCCCGCCUUCAGGACAACGCCUCGCACACCUCGCUGCUCGCCAACUACACGGGCAACAACACCACCAUGGAGAUGGACAUAACGGAGUCGUCGAUGGCGUCGGAGGGCGGGGGCUCCCCGCCGCCGUCGCCGUCGCCCGACGACAGCUACCUGAGCGCGCUGCGCGCGAUCCGCGGCCGCCGCUCCUACAAGCCGGCCCACGCCCACGCCCAGCCGCACGCGCGCGCCCACGCCGCCUACGUGCAGGCGCAGGCCCACGCCCACGCCCACGCGCAGGCCGCCAGCGCGGCGGCCAGCCUCUCCGCCGCCACCGCCACGGCUGGUCGCGAGGGGGCCGCCCGGCCGACGGGCACCGUGGUGGGGCGCAAGCGGCGGCCCGACGCGGAGGGCGGGGCGGAGGGCGGGGCGGUUGGGGCGGAGGGCGCGGGGGCGGAGGCGCCCAAGCGCGCGCGCCUGCUGGAGCGGCUGGCGCGCCCCUUCCGCGCCCACUCCACGCCGCUGCCGGCCAGGCGCGCCGCCGAGAUCGUGGGCAUAAACACGGACCUGCCGCUGAGCGCGCCCGUCGCCGCCGCCGAUUCGUUCGACCCGGAGACGAUCAAGCCCACGCCCACGCCCACUGCCGGCGCCACGCCCACGCCCACGCUGGGCGCCGCGCCCACGCCCACGCCCACCGCCGACCGCGACUCGAAGCGCUGCGUCGUCAUG